CAUAGAUGUCUUGAUUAAUGAAUAAAUAAUAAAAAUAAUCAACAAAACUAGUAUGUCUACAUUUGAGAAAGUAAUCCAGAAAUAAAGAAAAUUAAACAAAUAAUUUGAGUUCACACACAAUUCAACAGAAUCACAUUCAAAUGCAUCAUUCUUCGAUGAAGAGAGGAGUUAAGAUUUUUCUGAUAGUGACAUCUCUUAUUUAGAUAAUACAGAAAUGUCUUCGAAUUGCACAGAUGAUUCCAAUAUACCACCUUAAAGCUAAGACAAUAUUGCAAAUUUCAAUAGUAUGCCUUUGUAAGAUGUGGCUCCGAUGAAAGCAAGGUCUGCCAACUAAAGAAUUGUAUAUCUCAUGAAAGGGAUUAACAAUAACAAUUCUUAAACUGGCAAGGGCAUUGCCAUUCACGUGCUUGGACAAGGAUCCAUAGGUAAAUUGAAUAAGAAAGGGAAGAAAUUAGAAAAAUGCAAUAAAAAAUAAAUUCAGAAUCUUAAUAAUCAAAUUAAUAUAAAUAAUAAUAAUUUAUAGGAUUAACAAUCACAACAAUCACCAUCUUCAAAUUUUAAUUCUAACUAAUAAUCUAUUUCUUAAUAGAAUAAAUAAACUUGUCAAAUUUAAAAGGUUAUACUAGCAUACCUUAUGGUAGAAAGUGAUGUAUUAAAAUAAGCUUAACAAAGAGCUUAAAAUUUUAUUGAAAAAUUCAUGCCAAAUAUUAACGAUAAAGAAUUAUAAGUCAAUAUUCAGGAAACCUAUAAAAUCAUGCUUCUCCCAGAUUAGAUUAUUCAGCAGCUUGCUUAAGUCUUAAGUGAAGAAGAACGCUUGCUACAUUUAAAUUUGUGUUUGCAUCGUCUUAAUUUAAAACAUAAUAAACAUCCAUUAGCUGCCAAAGCGGCAGAUAAGAUAACGAUGAAUUUAAAAUAGAGUUGUUGAAAAUGAAUUCGAAAGACAGGCAGGAAAAAUGAGGCUUAACAUUUGUA